AUGCCCGAAACCAUUCUCGUUACCGGCGCUAGUGCAUUCAUCGGCGGCUGGGUUGUCAAACUUCUUCUAGACAAAGGCUACAACGUCCGUGGCACGGUUCGCUCGUCAGCCAAAGAGGCACAAGUACUCGACGCCAUUCCAAAAGAGCAACACAGCCAAGUAUCAUUUGCUCAUAUUGGUGAUAUUGCUACUGACUCGUUUGACGAAGCUGUACAAGGAGUCGACGGCAUCAUUCAUGUUGCUUCACCAUUCCACUUUAAAGUUGAAGACCCCGAGAAAGAUCUGCUUCUACCAGCAAUCAAUGGCACUCUGGGUGUGUUAAAAUCUGCCCACAAAUAUAAUCAGAGCAACCAAAAUAAGAUCAAACGAAUAGUAAUCACAUCGUCGUUUGCUUCGAUUUUAGACCCAAGCAAGGGCAGUCGACCUGGCUAUGCUUAUACCGAGAAAGAUUGGUGUCCUAUCACCUACGAACAGGGAGCUGCUGCCAAAAACGAUCCAGUCACAGCCUAUCGUGCAUCAAAAGUCUGUGCUGAACGUGCUGCAUGGGAUUUUGUCGAAAAAGAGAAACCAUCGUUUACGAUUGCAACCAUAUGUGAACCGAUGGUCUACGGACCACGUACUGGUGGAUUCCACUCAUUGGACGAGAUAAAUACGUCAAAUGCCGCACUAUGGGCGUUAGUUACAAGUGGUAAAGAUGCUAAAAUACCCGACACACGCACACCACUCUGGGUCGAUGUGAGAGACGUGGCGUAUACACAUGUGGCAGGUUUGGAAGCAGCAACAAACACGAACGAACGGUAUUUGAUUGCAGCCAAUAGCUGGAGUAAUCAGAAAGUAGCUGAUAUUGUCCAUGAAAGCAAGGUCAUUCCCCAAAGUAUCAAGGACAGCACACCCGUCGGAACAAAAGGUCAACAGUUGCCCGAUCACUAUACGAUUGAUAGUUCGAAAGCACAGGAAAAACUGGGUACUACGUAUAUUCCGCUGAAGAAAACAAUCGAAGAUUUAAUUUUACAAUUAGUCGAACUACAGCAGAAGUCUACGAAAUAA